AAACCGACAUUAAGCGCCAGCUUCUUUGGUCCUUGUCAUUAUCAACCCAACAUCCCCCGUUUCCCAUCUGCAUUAAUGUGAUCUGUACUUUCAUUAGAUAUCGUGCUCAGGAAAUAUGGAACCAACAGCAGACUCCAUCGGAACACCCCGGUCGAUCUCGAACCAGGUGAAUGGUACUCAGAUUAUAUACGGAUCCCAAUAUUUUCAGGGUCCACCCCUCGUACCCCUCGUCACGAUGGAAGAGCAAUGUCUUGCUUUUCUGGCCUUUGGGGCCAUGAACGAUCGUUCGGUGGAGAUAAAAAAGCCGACAGCUGGAACAUGUGAAUGGCUAUUUCAACACCGGAAGUGGAAACGAUGGCUAUCCGAUCAGGGUGAUUUGAUGUGGAUCAAGGGGAAGCCAGGAUCCGGCAAAUCAACCCUACUGCGGUAUGCCGAGCGCGAGCGGAAGAAGACAGGGGAUGGUCUUAUCCUGUCAUUCUUCUUCCACAGCCGUGGCGAGGAGCUCCAGCGAAGUCCCCUUGGCAUGUACCGCUCACUUCUCUGCCAGAUCCUCAAACAGGAACCGACAUCCCUCUCGCAGCUUGUUGAGACCUUCAUGUACAAGCAGAAUGAAAAACAUGGUUCAGAGGCUACAUGGAGAUGGGAUUCUGAUCAUCUCGGUAACUUCUUGGACUGGGCCAUCGAUGACAUCCUAACACGCCGCACCAUCUGGUUGUUCGUUGAUGCCCUGGACGAAUGUGGGCGAGAAGGCGCAGAAGAGAUCCUGCAACGUUUCAACCAACUCCGCCGUCGUGGGUUGUUCAUAUGCGUCAGUUGUCGACACUACCCACUCCAGAACUUGGAUGAUGGUUUCGAGAUCAACGCCGAGGACCACAACAAACACGACAUCGUCAGAUACACCCAAACUCAACUGGCUCAUCUUGAAUCUAAAACGGCGCUCUCCAUUUCGGAUCUCAUAGCGGCGUCCUCCAACGGUUGUUUCAGUUGGGCUUGUCUUGCGGUUGCGCGACUGCGGAGAACGGAUAUUGCCAUUGGGAGCCAGGAGAUUGGGAAUGUGAUCAGACAGACGAUCGACUCAAUCCCCCAAGACCUCGACGAUCGUCCCAGGGUUCUCGCCCACAACAUUGAAGGAACGCCAGCCGUUCUGGCAUCAGUGCAAUGGGCCAGCUUCGUGCAAAGGGCCUUGAUGCUGCGCAACUUGUUGAGGUGGGCUGUCAUGGUCGGCUCCAACACCUCGCAACCAUCACGGGUGCUCGAAUGGUAUUGAAUCUGCGCUGUGGCAGUUGAGGACACACAGAGCCCCAUUGCUCUAUGGGUGGAGAAUAGGGCCAGAAAUACAGCAGCAGAGACAGAAAGCCGGAACUUGUCUUUAUUCAAGCCCGCAGAAUAGCGCCUCAAGAAGGUCGCAUGAGCCUCGCAUCCUCAUCCGACUCCUCUUCACUCUCCUCCUCUUCCUCUUCCUCUUCCUCCUCCUCACUAUCUUCACCCUCCUCCUCCUCCUCAGAUUCUUCCUCCUCACCAGACUCCUCCUCGUCCUCCUCUUCCUCCUCCUCCUCUUCUUCUUCACUCCCCUCCUCAGCCAACCAAUCAUCCAACGUCUUCUCACCCACCCCAUUCGCCGCCUUCGGGCCCCUCACGCCCCCACCACCACCACCACCACCGGCAGAAGGCGACGCCCGCGCGCCAGCAGAGGACAUGGACGAGACUCCCGCAGCCGCAUCGAGCC